AUGGUGGCUAGACAUGGCUUGUCUGACAAUGUAUGGGUGGCUAGCUUGUAUAACAAACGGGAAAGGUGGGCGGAGGUAUUCUUCAGAGAGCACUUUUUUGGUGGAAUGUGCAGCACCCAGCGUGUGGAAGGCAUGCAUUCAAAACUGAAAAAGCAGACUGGGAGGUACACCAGGCUGUGUGAAGUAAUGCCAAGAAUGGAGAGGACACUGGGGCGAAUCCGGAACUGCGUUCUCUAUGACAACUUGUCCAAAAACAGCGCACCCUUGUACGAGACGCACAUGAGGGGCAUUGAGGAAGAUGCAAGUAGGCUGUUCACACAUGACAUAUUUAUCAUGAUUAAAUCUCAGAUCAUCUUUGAGAUGAAGUUUGUUAUGGAUCAUGAAAUAGCCUUCAAUAUUUCAGACUUUGUGAUGUUCUACCUUCGGCAAUAUGACAGGCCGGAACAAAGGUGGUGUGUUGAGUUCCGUUCAGACCAGGCUAAUCCGAAGUGGCUCUGCUCCUGCAAACUGUUUGAAUUAGACGGAAUUCCCUGCGAUCACAUUUUCAACAUACUGAAGUAUCCAGCUUAUCUCUAG